GAGAUAUUUUACAGGAAACCAGCGGCCUCUUUUGGAAGCCGUUAAGCCAAAAGCCAACAGUCCUUAGAAAGGAAUCCUCAUCGUUUCUAAAGGUCUUUUUCGGCAGGAAUGGGCUUCAUAUCUAUACCUACCCGCUCUGGUGUCUAACAGCUACUUUCUGUGUGGUCACGUAUUUACAUUUGCAGGUCACUUUAAUGAAGGGAGUUUCUCGCGCGCUCCUCGCCAUUAUAAACAGCCACGUACCGACACGGUCGAGCCUGUGAGGGAGAAACUUUUCUGGUAUCUUCUCUUUGUCUCUCCGCUCGUUUGCCUGCGCUGACCACACCCAGCCGAGUGGCUCGACCUGCCGAGCUGCAGGUAAAGCAGGCAGGAAUGAAGGCAACUUCCUAGUUCGGGAUAAAGUGGCUCUUUGGCUCGUCUGGACUUUCUCGAGCCGAACACUUCAGACAUGAGCGAGAAGGAGGUGGACGGAGGAGGAGGAGGAGGAGGAGGAGGAGGAAGAGACGGAUUAACGAGGAAAGACCUGAGCUGGGUUCCAAGUGUUAUCAAGAAAAGAGUGUGCACGACGUUCGUGGAGGAUUCGUUCAGCAAUGGUCACCUGUGUCAGUGUGGUGGAGCGAGGGACAGCCAUGCCUCCGUCACUCUGAACGAUUACUUCAGCAGCGCUAUCGUCAGCCACUGGGAAAGCGCAAAGCACUCUACUGAGGCUCCAACUGAUGCUUAUGGAGAGGUGGAGUUUGCCGGAGUCAGCAAAAGGCACAGCUACUUCCUGCGUCUCUCCUGGGAUACCCCCCCUGCUACCGCCUACACCAUAAUGACCACCCAAUGGGGCCUGCCCAAGCCGAACCUGGUGCUGUCGGUUGCAGGUGGUGUCGGCAGGUCAAAGGUCAAAACCUGGGUGCGAGAGGUUCUGAGGCAGGGAUUGGUCAGAGCCGCCCAGAGCACAGGCGCCUGGAUCCUGUCCGGAGGUUUGCGGGAGGGUGUUGGCCGGUUUUUAGGAGAGGCCGUGAGGGAUCACACGACUGCAGCGUCUUUGGACUCUCUCACUAAAGUGGUGGCUGUAGGCAUCGCUCCGUGGGGUCUGGUGGACCACCGGGAGCAGCUGGUAAACCCAGAGGGCAGUUUUCCUGCUGAAUAUUAUGUUCCGAACAGAUCCCAGGACUCCUGCUAUCUGGAUAACAACUACCAGGCUUUCCUCCUGGUGGAUGAUGGGAGCGCAGGCCGCAGAGGUGGCGAGGCUGGCUUCAGAGCACGUCUGGAAGAUUACAUCUCCCACCAGCGCACAGGCAAAUGGGGCAGCGGAACUAUGGACAUCCCUGUGCUGUGCACACUGGUGUCAGGAGAGCCCUACAUGCUUGAGAGGCUGGACCUCUCCUUGAAGAAGUGCAUCCCCUGGUUGGUCCUGGCAGGAUCGGGUGGACUGGCUGACCUGCUGAGUGACGUCCUGGAGAACGUCUCCGCUGCCCCCAUUCUGCCAGCAGCGGGGGCAGAGGGCGAGGGCGAGGUGGCGACCAAAACGGACCUCAGAGAGAGAGUGGCUGAAAGAGUGAUGAAGCACUUCCCCUCCGAGCCUGACAUGGACAAGCUCGUAGACAAGGUUCUGAGUAUUUACCAGAGCAAAGACCUAUUCUCCAUCUACCACGGAGAGCAGGAGGGUCCAGACGACUUUGAUACUGUGCUGCUGAAGGCUCUGGUCAGGGCAAGUAAGCUCAAGUCAGUCGACUCCAGCCCCAGCACUGAGGAACUUAAGUUGGCUCUGACCUGGAACAGAGUGGACAUCGCCAGGAGUGAGCUCUUCACCGGAGACAUCCAAUGGAAGAGUGAGGACCUGGAGGGCUUCAUGACUGACGCUCUGGUGAACGACAAACCGCAGUUUGUGCGCCUCUUCACUGAAAACGGCCUGAACAUCCUGGACUACCUGACGUACGGUCGGCUGGAGGAGCUGUAUCGCUCCAUCUCGGACAGCUGCCUGACCUACACUCUGCUACAGCGGCGCCUCUCAGAGCGGCAGGGUGCGGCCGCUGUCAGCACUGAUGUUUUAAACGAUGCCGCCAGGCAAGCCAACGCACUUACCCUUUAUGAGGUGUCUCAGCUCCUGGAGGACCUGCUGGGUGACGUGUGUGAGCCAUUCUAUCGUGAUUCUUUGGGUCUGGAGGGCAUCACCUCUAGAAGGAAAACCAUCAAGAAACUGACGAAGAUCUUGCAUGAAGAUUACGGCUAUAGGAAGCGCAGGUGUCCUUACCCGUGGGCUUCUCUCUUGAUCUGGGCUGUGCUGCAGAACCGUGGCGAGAUGGCGGUGUACUUCUGGGAAAUGACGACAGAGUCGGUGCUGAGUGCUCUGAGUGCCUGUAAGCUGCUGAGAGAGCUCUGCAAGCUGGAGAGUGAGACUGAGACCAAGCUGUCCAUGAAGGAACUGGCCCAGAGGUUUGAGAACCUGGCCCAUGAUGUGUUCAGUAAGUGCUACCAGAGCAGCGAGAGUCGAUCCUUCGUGCUCCUGAAGAAGAAGUCGGCCGUGUGGAGAGGGACCACGUGUCUGAAGAUGGCCAUGGAGGCUGACGCUCGCCACUUCUUCAGCCACGACGGCGUGCAGACUCUGUUGUCUCAGAUCUGGUGGGGUGAGAUGGACAGAAGCACAGAGGCGUGGAAACUCGUCGUCGUCCUGUUCCUCCCUCCUCUCUGCUACACCAACCUCAUCUCUUUCAGAGAGGUGGAGGAGGCUGACGAGGGGAAGCCUGAGGAGGCCCCACAGGGGAAGGAAAUGGACUGGCUCUACGCCGAAACGGUCUACUCUUUCUCUGACAUCAAGCGCAUUCAAGCAAAAUCAGAGGAGUCAGGUGCCACAAGACCCACUACAAGAGGCCAUCCUGUCAGGCUGCCCCCCUCAAAGCGGCCCUUCCUGCUGUCCCGUUGGAGGCAGUUCUGGUACGCUCCGGUCACCGCGUUUCUGGGCAACGUGCUGAUGUACUUCCUCUUCCUGCUCCUGUUUGCCUACGUGCUAUUGGUGGACUUCAAGCCGCCGCCCCCCAAAGGCCCAGCUCCACUGGAACUGCUGCUGUAUUUCUGGGUGUUUACCAUCGUGUGCGAGGAGAUUCGAGGGACGUUCUUUGUGGGCAGCAUGACUCUCCGUCAGAGGAUACGGCAGUACGCUCAGGACGUCUGGCACAAGUGUGACCUCAUCGCCAUUAGCCUCUUCCUCAUUGGCUUGUGCUGCAGGAUGUUCAGAGACACUUUCUGGUUUGGCCGUGCUGCCCUGUGUCUCGACUACAUGGUCUUCACCCUCAGACUCAUCCACAUCUUCGCCAUCCACAAGCAGCUGGGGCCCAAAAUCAUCAUUGUGGGCAAAAUGAUGAAGGAUGUGUUCUUCUUCCUGUUCUUCCUGACUGUGUGGCUGAUGGCGUACGGAGUAGCCAAUCAGGGCCUGAUCUACUCCUUCGACCCGAGUGCUGACAGGAUUCUGCGUCGGGUGUUCUACAGGCCGUAUCUGCAUAUAUUUGGACAGAUCCCUGUGGAGGAAAUGGACUCGGGCUUUGAGUGGGGCGUAACCUGCACAACAAAUGCAACGGAAAUUGAUGAAGGUAUGGAACCCUGCAGGGACACCCAUCAUAACUGGCUAGUGGUCAUCUUACUAGUUGUCUACCUUCUGGUCACCAAUAUCCUACUCAUCAACCUUCUCAUCGCCAUGUUCAGCUACACCUUCACUAAGGUCCAGGAGCGGAGCGAUAAAUACUGGAAGUUCCAGCGCUUUAACGUGAUUGCGGAGUACCACUCUCGCCCGUGCCUCGCACCACCCUUCAUCAUCAUCUCCCACUUUCACCUCUUCGUCAAAAGAAACAUUCGCAAGGUGCCCUCGGAGAAGAUCCACCAGUUUGCUGUAGAGCUACAGGAAAAAGCCACCAACAGGCUGAUGACCUGGGAGAGCAUUCAGAAAGAGAACUUCCUGUCUGCCGAGGGCAAAAAGCAAAGAGGGAGUGAAGCUGAGAGGCUGAAGCGAAUGUCCGCCAAAGUGGACGGUGUCCUCAAACAGACUGCUGAGAUAAAGGAUGUUGAUCGUAGAUUACGAGCGCUUGAGACGGAGAUGGAGUUCUGUUCUGCUACUCUCCUGUGGAUGGCUGAAGCUCUCUCUCAGAGCGGUGUGCUGAAGGCCUCCAAGCCUCCUCCCACACGCAAAGUCAGCCCCUCCUCCCUGGAGAGCUGAGAAGGGAGUCCCCUGCCGUCUCUCCUUCACUCCCUCUCUGGCACAGAGGUGUGAGAGAGAAACUGACUGAUGUCUUUCGUCGGCGUCUGUUUUACGAGUUUGUGGAGAAGCAGGCGAGCAUUGUUCUCGUUUUCCAUUUUUAAGCUGCCAUUGUCCUUCAUGUUCUUGGGAACUGCGAGUUCCACAGGAGAACAGAAGAUGGGAGCACAGGGGAACAGGGCAGAACUCAGGACUACAUUUUUACACCAUGAAUGCUGUCAUGCACCAAGAAUACAUCUGUGUGGACUGAGGAGUGCGAUGCUCCACACACCCAAAGAAACACCCUUCAUUGUUUUGCGUUGUUUAGUUGUGUGAUUUUGCAGUAUUUUUGUGAAAAUUUGUAAUUUAUUUUUUACACUGAAGAUUUCUCUAAAGCGAAAUUAUAUCUGUCCAGUUUUUAAUAGAUUUGCUGCUUCAUUUGCGUUGAAUGAUGUGGCAAAACCAUGAGAACCGUAUCUGUGCGAGUAAAGGCAGGCUAUAGGCCACAUGUAUAAAUCUGCAAGGAAUUAAUUAGUGUGAUGAGUUUUUAGAGGGUAUAUUUACCUUCAAAGUACCACUGUAUAGAUAUUAUAUUUGCACUAUUACGACAAUAUUGGUCUUUAUGAUUGAGCGCCACCCCCACUAAGGUUGAACCCCACCAAAAUAAGGACAUAUUGAAACUCAAAUGCUGUUAUUAAGGAAUAACUGAGAACUGCAAGUUGGCUUACAAACUUGAUUCGUUAUGAUUGUAAAAAACUACUUCACGAUCUUAAAGAAGCGACAGCUUUGUGAAA